AUGGGGAACUGCGUCGGCUUGCAGAAGCGGGUCGGUGGCGUCGAUGAGGAUGAUUUCUGGGGAGCCAUGGGGCAAAAGAGCUCCGGGCGUCGCGGAACGCAGCAGGAUGAAGCCAAGCUUUUCUUGGAACCGGAGAGGGAGGAGGGAGGCGCCGGCUCGACCGAGAUCAAGAUCAGGAUCAGCAAGAAGCAACUGGAGGAGCUGCUACGAGGAACAAGAGGCAAAGAACGGCCGCUUCAACAACUCCUUGCCGAUCUCAUCAGCAUGGGCGAGACCUGGGAACACCAUGAUCAAGAGACGCACUGGAGGCCGAGUCUACAGACCAUACCUGAGGUACCCGAGUAA